AUGGACGCCGGCAAUAACAAAAAGUUUUACACUCAUUCGAAAAUCGAAGAUUGGCGGAAGAAUAUUCAUAGAGGGCAGAAUAUACCAAAUGAUGACGAACCUUCAAUCUCUGCCACUAAUAAUAGCAACACUAUCAGUAGUGAGAUGAUGGAUCUCUAUGAAUCAAUGGACUCAGUUUCUGUCAUCGAGUCCUCUGCCGACAGAGCAACAAAGAGGAUGCAACAGGCGUUAAUAGCACACUGCGAACGAGAGAGGUCCUUAGACAAUUUCCGAAGGUCAAGAAGAUCUGGUUCGCUCCUGAAGGAUUUGAUAAAUUUAAUUGCCUCCCACCAUCCCUACGGGUUCGAGGAAAAAAACUUGGAGGACAUAAUGAUGGCAUCAGAGGAAAUAAGAAGAAUGGCAAAGAAAAUCAUCGCAACGUUCGAUGUCGACGAAAACAAGCCUCCAAAUGGCGAGUACAUCCUCUGGAAUCUUAACGGCCUCAUCGAAAUAAUAAAGACAUGCUGCGUCUACUCCGUGUCAAGAAAAUCAUCCACCGUUGGUUUUCAACCGAGGAAAUUUGAUCGAAAAAUUUCUACAUCGAUUGCCGAUCGCAUGAUCUACCAAGAAGACAACUUCAUGAAUGCCAACGAGGAAAUAGUCUUUACAGCAGACUGCUAUUUCCAUCGCCUUUGUCUGAUCCUCAAUGAUGCUCGAAUCAUAUAUGGAUCUCAAAAGCCAACAAUCAACAGACUCGCUCAGACACUACGAGCGGACCGUGUGGCAUCAAGUCUUCUCGUCAAAUUGUUCUCUCUCUUGGAUGGAUCGGAAGAAUUACGAAGGGAAAAUAAGCAAACAAGAGUUCAUCAGGGGUACGAUGCGUUUACUGUUCUCAGACUGCCCUAUCAAUAUCCGGAGUCGAUCGCUGAAGGCCACGAAGAGAUGCUUUUGUACUUGGUAACAAGUCCGUAUGCUUCCCAUUUGAAAGAAAUGGCCGCAUAUAAAGAUCGCUCUGCUCAAAACAUUGAAGAGAUAGCCAUCGUCGCACCCGGUCUGGCGUCAACACCGCAAUUUAUUUGGGAAAAAAUAACGAACGAAACUGGUCCGUCUCUUGAAAAUUUUGAAUUGGAAACUAUCGCGACUGAUCAAGACCAGAAAUUGUGGCGAGAAGAAAAAUGGAAAAUAUUCGAAGAGGCGAAGUAUCGCGAUGAAGAUGGCAAAACUUUUUUUGCUAAACGCUCAGUCGGGGUUCCUUGUCAGCUGUCGAAAAAUGGCUGUAAAAAUACGGAGGAGCACCGACGACGAAUACUAUUUGAUGGAAUCGGAAAUGACUAA